AUGCAUGAGGAGCAUAGGAGAGGCUUCUACAUCAGCAUUUGGGUAGCAAUGAGAAAUGUUGGCUCUAUCAUCGGUGGCGCAAUCACCUUUGGUCUCAACAUUGCCCGCGAUGGCUAUGGAGGUGUUACUACAAACACUUACCUGGUCUUCCUCGGCCUGGAGUGUAUAGGUCUUCCCGCAGCUUUCCUCCUUACUCGUACAAAGAAGGUCGUCCGAUCAGACGGAUGGGGCGUGCCUAUGCUUCCCCGAAAGUCUUGGAAACAGGAGGUCAAGCUCCUGUGGGAACACCAUAGACAGAGGAGAACUCUGCUGCUCAUUCCAAUAUACAUUCUUACCUACUUCGGCGACGGCGUUUGGGGAACGUACAACUCUCUUCACCUUUCCGUGCGAGCCCGUGCCCUUGCUUCACUGGUCGGACCUCUUCUCGCGGUCUUUAUAAAUCCCCUAUUUGGCAUGAUUCUUGACAUGAAGAAAGUUGGUCCAAAGAAGAAGGGUAUCAUCGCGUUCUGGGUGUGGACGAUUCCUACUUUAGCUAUGCUGAUCUGGGUUAUGAUCAAUCUCAAAUGGUUCGAUGACCAGUCCGACAAACUUCGACUAGACUACUCGAAGCCUACAACUGGUCGCUGGUUUUCAAUUUGGUUCCCCAGUCUCAUCUACGUCGUCAACGCUUGGAUGUCGCAAACUCUAGUCUACUGGGUUCUCGGCCAGUUCGCCUCCGACGUCGCCACAAACGCCCGUACUGGCGGCGUGUUUCGUUCCUGGGAGACUGUCGGCCAGGCCAUCUCGUAUGGCAUCAACGCGAAGGCAUCCAACAAAUUUAUUCCAUUUGGAAUCUACAUAGGACUCUUUGCCGUGGCUAUGCCACUAUUCUGGCUUGUCUUGAUGGAGUUGCCUGUACAGAGUAGGGUACCGAGAAUUGUCGAUAAUGAGGGGCGUGUCGUGGGUGAUCUGGCGAAGGUGCAGGCGGCUUUACCGGACGAGAGAGUGGCAAGACAGAUUGCUGAGUAA